AUGGUUCCUUGGAUGCCAAUAGUAGUCUUUUUUCACUUGUGCACCUUCAACAUCUUUGGUCUUUCUGACAACGAUUUCAAUCACUCUCAGAUUCCAUCAAGGAUAGGUGAGUUUUCGCAACUAAGAUAUCUAAAUCUUGCACAACCCGGUGAAAACACAUUCUUUGGUGAAGUCCCACCUCAAGUUUCGCAUUUGCGCAACCUGUUGAUUCUUGAUUUGCGUAGUUAUUUUGAGUAUAUUCCUCCAAAUCCAAUCAAGUUGCAACUCAAGAUAUCCACUCUAAGAAGCUUGAUUCAAAAUGCAACUAGUCUUGAAGUCCUCCGUCAUAGUUUUGUGACCAUUUCAUCUUCUAUACCUGAUAUGCUCACAAAUCUUACAUCUUUGCGAAAACUUGAGCUUUUCCAUUGUGUGUUAUAUGGUGAAUUCCCAAUCGAGAGGUUUUUCAAGCUAAAAAUGCUUAAUAAUCUUGGCUUAUCCGGAAACAAAUUAUCUUUGUUCCCAGGGAUAAGUUCUUCCAAUGAAACUUUCCCUCCAAUUCAAAACUUGGGAUUGAGAUCAUGUAAUUUGCAUGGCGAAAUUCCCUCUUGGAUAAUGAACCUAACAGAUUUGGCAUACCUAGAUCUUGAGUAUAACAAUCUUCAAGGCUAA